AUGGUGGAUCUCUUGGUGGAAACUCUAGGGCAACUCUAUGUUCCUAAUGGUAAUCCUCCAUCGCCAAUUGUUGAAACUCAUAAUCGCCUUGAUCACAGGAUAAUACCAGCAGUGCAUCCAAUGGUCAUUUCUAAGGAAGGGGGAUCUAGCAACGAGGAGAUCGAUGACAUAAUCUUCCAACACCCCAGACAAGGCGGCGGUCGACAACAGCUUGAGCAAUGCAAUUCACCAUCUCUCUCUCUCAAAAUGCCUGUCUUGCACCCUUGCUUCUUACUUCUCGCCAUCUUGGCCAUGGCCCAUAUCUCAUCAGCAUCCCUGAAAGUGGGCCACUAUCGAUAUACAUGCCCAUCGGCGGAGGUGAUCGUUCGAGAGACAGUUAACAAAGCCAUUGCCCGGAAUCCCGGCAUAGCUGCUGGCCUCAUUAGGAUGCACUUCCAUGAUUGCUUUGUUAGAGGCUGCGACGGUUCGGUGCUGCUCGAUUCCACGCCAGGAAACCCUUCUGAGAAAGAGCAUCCGGCCAACAAUCCGAGCCUUCGAGGGUUUGAGGUGAUUGACGAAGCAAAGGCCAAGAUCGAAGCUCGAUGUCCGGGCACUGUCUCGUGCUCGGACAUAGUCGCCUUUGCAGCCCGCGACAGCGCCCGCAAGGCCGGUGGCAUCAAGUACAAUGUGCCAGCUGGACGCCGUGAUGGAAGAAUCUCCCUCCAGUCUGACGUCACCCAGAACCUUCCUCCGCCAUUCUUCAAUGCCCAGCAAUUAGAAAACAACUUCGCCAGGAAAGGGCUGUCGCUAGAUGAAAUGGUGACGCUUUCCGGCGCCCACUCGAUCGGAGUCUCUCAUUGCUCUUCCUUCUCUAAUCGCCUCUACUCCUUCAACACAACCCACAGUCAAGAUCCUUCCAUGGACCCCACCUUUGCGGCCCACUUGAAAACCAGGUGUGCUCCACCACCCGCCACUCAAGAUCCAACGGUGGUGCUCGACAGCACAACUUCGAAUCGUCUUGACAAUCAUUACUACAAUAACUUGGAGAAGCACAGAGGAUUAUUGACGUCGGAUCAAACACUCCUGAGUAGCCGAUCGACGGUGAAGAUGGUGCGGAACAAUGCAAAGCAUCCAUCAGCGUGGGCUGCAAAGUUCGCGGCCGCAAUGGUGCGGAUGGGUUCGAUCAUAGAGCUUAGUGUGGCCGAGGGGGAGAUCAGGAAGAAGUGUAGGUUUGUGAAUUGAGUUUGUGGAAGAGAUGAACAAUUCCUGCCAUUGUUUCAUUCAUUUUCAUUGAUUUGUUUGUGACCGUUCCUUAUUCAAGUGUGAAUUUUAUUUGUGUGAUCAACAGU